AUGUUGAGGGUCGGCGAGUUGGUAGAGGAGGCGAAGCAAAACAACGGAACUGCGAUGUCAUUAUCAACCCUCAAAUACAACAGUCACGUCAAACUCCUACAGAGGCGAGAAGUGUCAUUCCCGAAAACAACUUUCUACGGAGACCAUGAUUUCGGGAGCAUGAACAAGCGGCUGUACAGCUGCCGUUCGUUUGUUCGAAGAUUAAGUAUGGAAGCCCAGCACGACUGGCAUGCAGGAUGUGUCAACACCAUUCACUUUACCUCCUCUGGGCAAGAACUGAUUUCUGGCUCGGAUGAUCUCAACAUUGUCGUUGGAGAUUGGCAGACUGGAAUGAUCAAACUUUGUUAUGAGAGCGGACACGUUGGGAAUGUUUUUCAAGCAAAAUCCUUGCCGUCCAAGAAUGAUAUGAUCGUGACUUGUGCAGCGGACGGUCAGGUUCGCUAUGCUGAACUUCGAGAAGGAUCUUCGGGGGUGCACACAAGACAAGCUUGCCGACAUUUCGGCCCGGCCCACAAGUUAGCCAUCGAACCUAGUGGCUCGCAGAUCGUCUUGUCUGCUGGAGAAGACUCUUGUGUUCAACAGAUUGACUUCCGAGACCGGAGGGGAGGAAACACGAUCCUUAAGGUUGCAGAGGAGACGGGAGCUUCGGGUCGAGGCAGGAAGAGGAAGAUCAGCUUGUACUCAAUCAGUAUGAACCCGAUGGAUAAGAACUAUAUCUGCUUCGGAGGGUCCGACUCGUGGUGCAGAAUUUAUGAUAGGAGGCUGUUGAGUCACGAUGCGCCCGAAACAGGGAAGCCUGUGCACAGAUUCAUUCCAGAGGAACUCAUGGAAAGUCCUAGAAUGCACAUGAUCACAUGUGCAGCAUAUUCUCAUGACGGGAGUGAGAUAGUUGCCAAUUACAACAACGACACAGUGUAUUUGUUCGACAGACGGAGAAACGAAGAGCAUGAGGUAUCUAGGUACAAGGGGCAUUGGAACGACAAGACUAUCAAGGGCAUCAACUUCUUGGGAAAGAGGAGUGAGUACAUAGUGAGCGGGUCGGAUUGUGGAUCUAUUUUCAUCUGGGACAAGGCGACUAGCGAGAUCCUCUGGAUCUUGGCGACCAGUGGGAUAGGCAACGAUGUGAAGAUCUGGAGUCCGCGUCGAGACAGCGGCAUGACGAUAGAGGAGCGAGAUGGAUAUCUUCAUGACAUUCAGCGGGAGAAUCAAGGGCGCAUCCAUAAUGCUUCUGCGACAUGCUACCUUCCUCCUGACGAUCGUGACAGCAACCAUCUUUCUCUGUGGUCGUCUAUUCUUCAUCAGUUCCCGAUGCUCAAUGCUUCUGAGCUCAUUCUGCACCCCGACUUCGAGGUCGUCUUGAAUCACUACGACGACGAUGACGACGACGACGACGACGACGACGACGACGACGACGUGAGCGAUGGUAGUAGCGACGAGAUGGAGGAUGAGAACGAGGACGAGGACGAGGACGAGGACGAGAGUGACGGUGAGCACGACGACAAGGAUGAUUCGAGUCAGGAUGGUGACGACGGAGAUGAUGACGGAGAUGGAGAAGCGCUCGAGGGUCCACGAUCGAGCAGGGCAGAAGAGGGCGAGGACAAGUUGAGUGGAAAACCCAGCAAGGAGGAUGCGGACGAGAGUCAUGAUGCCCGGCAGCGCAAGCAGCAGCAUGAGGUCAGCGAUCAGCUGGGGGUUAGCUCGGGGUUUCCUUUGUCAGCUUACCGAGAUUCAGCUGGUGAGCAGCAGAGGGCAAGGAGGUCUCCUCUAUGCCCGGCUGGGCCCCAUGGAGGCAAGAGAGGCCAACAGGAUGAGCAAAGUGACAAGGUUGAGAGCUGCAAGAGGAGGAGGAGAGUGUUUACCAGCGUGUCCGACGUGGUGGACUACCUCCAGGAGCUCCAGUCCGAGGAGCCUGACAAGCCUGACAAACCUGAUAAGCCUGAUAAGCCCGAUGACAAGGCUGACGAGCUGAGCAGGAGCCCUCAGACUGCAGGCUUGACAUCUGCUGAUCUUCUUCACGAUCUCUCAUCCGAUAGCGACUGA